AUGAAAGAAAGUCUUCCUUCAAAACCUGGAGCUAUUGCCCUGUCAGUAGGUGGUGGUGGAAUGCUCUGUGGUGUGGUCCAAGGCCUGCGGGAAGUAGGAUGGGAUGACGUUCCCAUCAUUGCCAUGGAAACCAAAGGCGCUCAUAGCUUAAAUGCUGCUGUGGAAGCUGGAAAAUUAGUGACCUUACCAGAAAUAUCCAGCGUAGCUAAGACUCUGGGAGCUAAAACAGUGGGAGCUCAAACACUGAAAGUAGCUCAAGAACAUCCAGUUUUCUCUGAAGUAAUCUCUGAUCAGGAUGCAGUAAUGGCCAUUGAGAGAUUUUUAGAUGAUGAAAAGAUGCUUGUGGAGCCAGCAUGUGGAGCUGCUCUAGCAGCAGUUUACAGCAAUGUUUUGGGGAAAUUGCAAAAGGAAGGCAAACUGAGCCAAGAUCUCUCCUCUCUAGUUAUCAUAGUAUGUGGUGGAAACAAUAUCACCCUGAAACAGCUAUUCCGGCUCAAAGAGCAGCUGAACAUUGAAUCCAUCAGUGCUGCAUAA